GGAUGCUUCUGGACUUCUAAAGAAUUACUUUUAGGUACUCAAACAAGUAAAAGUAAUUGACAAAGUACAGUCUUUUCAACUUUACUUUUUAUAAUCAAUUUUUGUAUGUGCUACAUCUUUUGUGACUUCGAAUAUCGAAAGCAUCUCUUUUAAGUUGUCAAAGAAUUUUACUUAUCCCUACAGUUUCUUUCCUAUCACUAUUUUCCUUUUCCUCAUAUAAACUCGGAACCCCGCACUCUCUGUAUCCAAAAAUCUUCAUUUUGACAAAAUGACUUCCCGGGAGGAAGAGGCGGUUGCCUUGAAGAAUGAAGGAAACAAAGCUUUUGCCGCUCACGACUGGCCGAAAGCUAUCGAAUUAUAUACCAAGGCUAUAGAACUUGACGACCAAAAACCCACAUACUAUUCGAAUAGAGCUCAGGUACAUCAUUCGGAUGCAUUCAACACUCAAACCUGCUCGCGUGAUUAACAUUCUGGCAGGCAAACAUCAAAUCAGAGGCAUAUGGAUACGCGAUAGCUGAUGCCACGAAAGCCAUUGAACUUGACCCGAAUUUUGUAAAGGUUCGUUUGGCAGAGCUCCUCACCUUGCAGCUUUUCCUUUCCUUCAAGCUAAACAUCUAACCAUUUCCACUCAGGCAUACUAUCGUCGAGCCGUUGCAUAUACCGCGAUCCUAAAAUCCAAAGAAGCCCUUAGAGACUUCAAGACCGUUGUCAAGAAGGCGCCGAAUGAUAAGGAUGCGAAGCUUAAGUUGGCAGAAUGUGAGAAGAUUGUCAAAAGGAUCGAGUUCUUCCGAGCUAUCGAAGUCGGAGAUCCACCAUCUGCAUCAGAAGGGCUCAACCUCGAUGAUAUGACUGUGCAGGAUUACGAUGGUGUACAGUUGGGCAACGAAAUGACAACCGAGUUCAUCAAUGAUAUGCUGGAACGUUUCAAGAACGGCAAGAAAAUACAUCAGAAAUAUGUUUAUCAAAUUGUCAUGGCGGUACAAAAGAUUGUAUACGAUGAACCAACGAUGGUCGAAAUGGAGAUUGAGAGCGACGCUCAGUUGACUGUUUGUGGAGAUACACAUGGUAAAUGCUCCGUAUUCGUCUUACCAUUCCUAGCUAAUAUCGAGUCUCAGGUCAAUUCUUCGAUCUCAUGGAACUUUUCCGACUUAAUGGUCUACCCACAGAGAAGCAUUACUACUUAUUCAAUGGUGAUUUUGUUGAUAGAGGUUCUUGGUCGACCGAGAUUGCGCUCCUUUUGUAUGCCUACAAAUGGUUACGCCCAUCAGCGUUCUUCAUCAACAGGGGAAAUCAUGAGACUGAUGAUAUGAACCGUGUUUAUGGUUUUGAGGGUGAAUGUAAGGCGAAAUAUAAUGGUAAGCUGUCUUCCUGAUCCAAUUUAAGUUUACUCUCUAUGAAGAUUUCAACUAAUAUAUAUUAGAACGUACUUUCAAGCUAUUUUCGGAAAGUUUCUCGGCUUUACCUCUAGCAACUCUCAUUGGCAAAAAAUAUCUUGUACUUCAUGGAGGUUUAUUCUCUGAUGACAAGAUCACAUUAGAUGACAUCCGAGCUUUGAACAGACAUAAUCAACGCCAACCAGGUCAGGCAGGAUUGAUGAUGGAGAUGUUAUGGACUGAUCCACAAAAAGAGCCUGGUCGUGGUCCUAGUAAACGUGGUGUGGGCAUGCAAUUUGGACCAGAUAUUACCAGGAAGUUUUGCGAAAACAAUGGACUGGAAGCUAUCAUUCGUAGUCAUGAAGUCCGAAUGGAAGGUUAUGAGGAGGAACAUGAUGGAAAAUGUAUUACUGGUAUGUCAAUUCCUGUCAAAUGUGUUACACACCGCAACUAAUAUAUUAUAGUCUUUUCGGCGCCUAGGUAUUGCGACAGCACGGAGAACAAAGGAGCUUAUAUCAAUAUUGGACCCGAUUAUAAAUUGGAUUUCCACAAGUUUGAUGCAGUACCUCAUCCUAACAUUAAGCCUAUGGUACGUAUCACUCAAAAUCCUAUCAAGAAUCUCGCUAAAUGACGAACCAGGCAUACGCCCAAAACUCUCCUUUGUCGAUGAUGUAGAUGAAAAAGCUAUCAUCAGAUAUAUCAAGUAAUACUUGGAGGGUUUAUAGAAAGUUGGAUCUAUCGCAUCUACCAAAGUAUCAGGCGUCACGCGGGGAAAUGUCUUGCAAAUAAUUUGAUCUUGUACAAUAGAUUUGAUACCCUUGCAUAUUCCAGCGUAGUGCUUCAAUGGUGCUCAAGCGAGGAUGUAAGACUUACCUAUCCAACAUACACAAAAUUCUAGGCAGAAAAUCGCUCCAGAUAAACCUCCACUAUCUGCAAAGCUCCU